UGAACAUGGACAGUGCUGGUGAUGCCGAAGGAAACUUCACAGUAAUAGGAUUAGUGGCAAACUCCAGCGUACCUGGCGGAUGGACUGCUCAGCCAGUGGCCACUUUCCGAUAUGUCAACGCAUCAGAUUUUCUACCGACAUCAAUGCAGCACGACAUGGAGACGCGUCGAGCUCACACCACCAUAGCCAUGUACAAGGGCAACGUGGUGGCCAUCAAACGCCUGCAGAAGAAGAGCAUCGACGUCACCAGAGCUAUCAAGAAGGAGUUGAAACAGAUCCGUGAGCUUCGCCAUGAGAACCUAACGGCUUUCGUUGGUGUCUGCGUGGAGAGCGGAUCAGCUUGUAUCGUGUCAGCCUACUGCUCCAGAGGUUCCCUGGCCAGGGUCCUUGCUGACAGAGACCUUCAUCUAGACGAUAUGUUCGUCGCUAGCCUGGUAGCUGAUCUUCUUCGAGGACUGAUGUACCUUCACGAUUCAGCAUUGAUAUCACAUGGGAAUUUAACGUCCAAUGGCUGCUCCGACGCAGAAGACGCCUUGCGUAUGGAGCGUCGCAUGCUAUGGAGGGCGCCAGAACUCUUGAGGGAUCCCAAUCCAAACCCCAGAGGGUCACAGAAGGGAGACGUAUACUCUUUUGGGAUCAUAUUGUAUGAGAUCCUUGGAAGAAAUGGACCUUGGGGAGACACAAAUCUCACAAAUGCUGAAAUCAUAGGUCGAGUCCGGCAUCCAAUAGGCGGCGUGUUAUUCAGGCCACCACUGGGCGGGCUAGUGGCACGACCAGCUGUACUGGCGGUGCUAAACGCGUGCUGGAGCGAGCGACCUGAACGUAGACCCGAUCUCCGGCUGGUUCGCGUUAGGUUGAAGGAUAUGCAUGCGGGCAUGACUGUAGCAGAAGCCUUGAAGCGAGGCGAAAGGGUACAAGCAGAGAGCUUCGACUGCGUGACAAUAUAUUUCAGUGAUAUUGUCGGAUUCACCAAAUUAGCGGCAACUAACACUCCUAUGCAGAGCCAUGCUUCGGCACGGAUGGGUCGGCUCGACCGGAGUGAUACCACGGCCUCACCGAAAAUCGACGUGAAGCAACGCUUGCGUUGUGUUUCGUCAUGUAUACACAGCGGCCAAUGUGCAGCAGGAGUGGUAGGAGUGAAAAUGCCAAGGUACUGUCUUUUCGGAGACACGGUGAACACUGCAGCAAGGAUGGAAUCCAGUGGAGAACCUCAAAGAAUCCAUGUCAGCCAUGAUACGUACCUCCUCCUCAAGCAACAUGGAGGGUACCAUUUUAAGGAGAGAGGAAUUGUUAAUAUCAAGGGUAAAGGAGAGAUGAGGACGUGGUGGUUAGUGGGAGAAGACCAUGAGAGAAGAAAAAAUACUAUGAGUAGAUUCCAACCAGGUCUACUCCGCAAUAUGAACGAAGAGAGCGAAGACUUAUGGGGGCUGAACCGGUCCAUUCUGAACAUCAGGGACAGGGCUCGUCUCUCCUGCGGUGGUCUGGCAGGACCUGGCUCUGCCCUGUCCUCACCAGGACCGCCAGCCUGUGACUGUUUCAUCCCCAACAGAGAUCACCACUCAGCUCCUGUAGUCCUAUUCUGCGAUGAAUGA